CUAUUUUAUCCAUUUCCCUCCAAAUAUUUCUCCAUCUAUCCAUUACUUAAUUUACAUAUAUCUCAUCUUCACACUGAAGCCUUUUUCUUUUCCCCUGAGCCAUCUUUUAUAGUGAUCGAUCUGCUUCUUUUACUACCCUUCCCCUCUUGUGCUUUGCAAACCAAUUAAUGGCUAGCAUUGUCCUAUCAAACUUGGAGCGCAUUGUGUCUUUACUCCAUGCACCAAACACCCUUAACCAACCCAAGAAGAGAUGGCGCUCCGCUUUUGUCACCAUCUAUUGUUCUAAAACUCUACUGUCGUUUUUCAAUGUCUCUCUACCCGAAAACAAACAUUUUGAGGUUUCACGCCGUCCAUCUUUCACCAUUGUUGAUCUCAAACCAGAAAAAAGCUUCAAGAUUGAUCAAACUAGUCAGCGUCCAUCUUUCACCGUUGUUGAUCUCAAACCUGACAAAAGCUUCAAGAUUGAUCAAACUAGUCUCCUUCAACUUCUGAAAGAGAAAAAUGUUGACACGCUCCAAAACAUUGGAGGGGUUGAUGGAGUAGCAUCCAGUCUUGAAUCCAAUGUUGAUUUUGGUAUUCAAGGCGAUGCUGAAGAUAUUGCUCACCGACACGAGGCUUUUGGCUCCAACACAUAUGAAACUCCGCCUACAAAGAGCAUCUUCCAUUUCAUAGUGGAAGCCUUCAAGGAUCUUACCAUUUUCAUCCUUUUGGGCUGUGCAACUCUUUCACUUGCUUUUGGCAUUAAAGAGAAAGGAAUCAAAGAAGGUUGGUAUGAUGGUGGGAGCAUAUUUGUUGCUAUACUUCUAGUCAUUGCUGUUUCUUCCAUAAGCAACUUCAGGCAAAACAGACAAUUUGAAAAGUUAUCCAAAGUCAGCAACAAUAUCCAAGUUGAUGUUGUCAGAGCUGGGAGGCGUCAACAUAUUUCAGUAUUUCAAAUUGUGGUUGGAGAUGUCGUUUGCUUAAAGAUUGGAGAUCAAGUUCCAGCCGACGGGCUAUUCUUUGACGGCCACUCAUUGCAAGUGGAUGAAUCCAGCAUGACAGGGGAGAGUGACCAUGUAGAAGUAAAUUGCAGUAAUCCAUUUUUGGUUUCUGGUACUAAGGUGGUCGAUGGCUAUGCUCGGAUGCUUGUCACUUCAGUUGGCAUGAACACAACCUGGGGCGAGAUGAUGAGUUCAAUCAGCCGUGACUCAAACGAACAAACACCUUUACAAGCUCGCCUCAACAAGUUAACCUCAUCAAUAGGUAAAGUUGGUUUGCUAGUCGCUUUCCUAGUUCUCGUAGUCUUGUUGGUUCGCUACUUCACAGGAAAUACAAAAGAUGACAAUGGAAAUAAAGAAUUCAAUGGCAGCAAGACCAAGGUUGAUGACAUAGUGAACGCUGUGGUGGGGAUUGUAGCUGCUGCAGUUACUAUAGUUGUGGUUGCAAUUCCAGAAGGUUUGCCAUUAGCCGUCACCCUCACACUUGCUUAUUCCAUGAAGAGAAUGAUGGUUGAUCAGGCAAUGGUGCGAAAGCUCUCUGCCUGUGAGACUAUGGGCUCCGCCACCACCAUUUGUACUGAUAAAACAGGCACUCUCACGCUCAACCAAAUGAAGGUGACAAAGUUUUGGCUAGGGAAAGAAACUUUUGCAACAGGUUCUUACUCAUCAAUUGCUCCAUACGUUCUUGAAUUGGUCCAGGAAGGAGUUGCUCUGAACACAACCGGUAGUGUUUACAAGCCUAAUUCAGGAUCUGAAAUCGAGUUCUCAGGUAGCCCCACUGAAAAAGCAAUUCUUUCAUGGGCUGUUCUGGAGCUAAACAUGGAAAUGGAGCAACUAAUGCAAAGUUGUAUGAUUCUUUUCGUUGAAGCAUUCAAUUCCCAGAAGAAACGAAGCGGAGUCCUUAUGAGCAGAAAGGUAGACAACUCAAUCCAUGUACACUGGAAAGGUGCUGCAGAGAUGAUACUGAAGAUGUGUUCAAGUUACUAUGAUGCUUCUGGAAUUGUAAAAGAUCUGGAUGAUGCUGAAAAGAUGAAAUUUGAGCAAAUUAUUCAAGGUAUGGCUGCUAGCAGCCUCCGGUGCAUUGCAUUUGCGCAUAAACAGGUUUCAGGAGAUCAAGAAAAUGAGCAAGAACAUAAAAAGCUAGAAGAAGAUGGUUUGACCCUAUUGGGACUAGUGGGACUUAAGGACCCAUGUCGUCCAGGGGUGAAGAAAGCUGUGGAAGAUUGCCAAUAUGCUGGUGUGAACGUUAAAAUGAUCACUGGAGACAACGUUUUCACUGCAAAAGCUAUAGCCACUGAGUGUGGGAUACUCAGGCCUGGUCAAGACAUGGUCAGUGGAGCAGUAGUAGAAGGCGUGGAAUUCAGAAACUACACACCAGAGGAAAGAUUGAAGAAAGUUGAUACAAUUUGUGUGAUGGCAAGGUCCUCUCCCUUCGACAAACUGUUGAUGGUAGAAUGCUUGAAACAAAAGGGACAUGUGGUUGCAGUUACUGGCGAUGGCACAAAUGACGCACCAGCACUAAAAGAAGCUGAUAUAGGACUUUCGAUGGGGAUUCAAGGCACCGAGGUGGCCAAGGAAAGCUCAGAUAUUGUCAUUUUGGAUGAUAAUUUUGCGUCUGUGGCCACAGUUCUGAAGUGGGGAAGAUGUGUCUAUAACAACAUCCAGAAGUUCAUCCAAUUUCAACUUACCGUAAAUGUUGCUGCCCUUGUGAUCAACUUUGUGGCAGCAGUUUCAGCUGGUGAAGUUCCACUAACAGCAGUGCAAUUAUUGUGGGUGAACUUGAUUAUGGAUACGUUGGGUGCUCUGGCUCUUGCAACAGAGCAACCCACCAAGGAGCUGAUGGAUAAACCACCUGUGGGGCGGACAGAGCCACUUAUCACCAACAUUAUGUGGAGAAACCUCUUAGCCCAAGCUUCAUAUCAAAUAGCUGUCCUCUUGACUCUGCAAUUCAAAGGUGAAUCAAUCUUUGGUGUGUCUGAGAAGGUAAACGACACCUUAAUCUUUAAUACUUUUGUUCUUUGCCAAGUCUUCAAUGAAUUCAAUGCAAGGAAGCUCGAGAAGAAGAACGUCUUCAAGGGGAUACACAAGAAUAGAUUAUUUUUGGGGAUCAUUGUGAUAACCAUUGUUCUUCAGGUGGUCAUGGUAGAGUUUUUGAAGAAGUUUGCAGAUACAGAGAGGUUGAAUUGGGCACAAUGGGGUGCAUGCAUUGGAAUUGCAGCACUAUCUUGGCCAAUCGGUUGGAUUGUCAAGUGGAUACCUGUUCCACAAAGACCAUUUCUUAGCUACCUAAAGAUGAAAAAGAUAUGACCAUGGGUCUGCCAUGAGCUUUUCUUCAAUAUCUGGGUUCUCAUUAUAAUUCUUUAAUUCUUUCGUUGUAUAGCUUAUCAUUAUUAUAAUUAUUUAGUUCUCUCAUUGAAUAGCUGAUCAGAUAUGUACGUAUUGAUGUCAGAUUUUCAAUAAUACAAUUCUUUUCACUUGUUUUUUAUCA